ACCGGGCGGUCGUGUUCAGAUCCUCCAGCAGCAUCCACACAGAGUUCUAUCAAGACUAGAGCGGAACAUUUCUACCCCGGUGACGUCAUCAACAACGUAUCUUGCAGGUGUAGUAAAAUUCACCAACUGCUUCACACAGUAUUUCGAGCAGAAUGACUGAGAACGACGUUGAGAACGAGCUUUUAGAUUACGAGGAGGAUGAGGUGGAUACAGGUGGCGCUGGGGAUGCAGGGCUCGGGCUCCACGAAGGUGCCAUAUCCAUCCGGAAGGAAGGGGUCAAGGGGUCAUAUGUGUCCAUCCACUCCUCAGGAUUCAGGGAUUUCCUUCUAAAACCCGAACUCCUGAGAGCCAUUGUGGACUGUGGCUUUGAACAUCCAUCUGAGGUCCAGCACGAAUGCAUUCCUCAGGCGAUCUUGGGCAUGGAUGUCUUAUGUCAAGCCAAGUCUGGAAUGGGGAAGACGGCUGUCUUUGUGUUGGCCACCCUUCAGCAGCUGGAGCCAGUGACUGGUCAGGUAUCAGUGUUGGUGAUGUGUCAUACCAGAGAGCUGGCAUUCCAGAUCAGCAAAGAGUAUGAGCGCUUCUCCAAAUACAUGCCUAGUGUCAAGGUGGCAGUGUUCUUUGGGGGUUUGUCCAUAAAGAAGGACGAGGAGGUGUUGAAGAGAGAGAGCCCCCAUGUGGUGGUGGGAACUCCAGGACGUACUCUGGCUCUGUCCCGCAACAAGAGUCUCAACCUGCGCCACAUCAAACACUUCAUCCUGGAUGAAUGCGACAAGAUGCUGGAGCAACUUGACAUGCGUCGUGAUGUCCAGGAAAUCUUCAGAAUGACCCCUCACGAGAAGCAGGUCAUGAUGUUCAGUGCCACGCUGAGUAAAGAGAUUCGUCCCGUCUGCAGAAAGUUCAUGCAAGAUCCGAUGGAAAUUUUUGUGGAUGAUGAGACCAAGCUGACGCUUCACGGCCUCCAGCAGUACUACGUCAAGCUGAAGGACAACGAGAAGAACAGGAAGCUCUUUGAUCUCCUGGAUGUUUUGGAGUUCAACCAGGUGGUGAUCUUCGUAAAGUCGGUGCAGCGUUGUAUUGCUCUGGCUCAGUUGCUGGUGGAGCAAAACUUCCCUGCCAUUGCCAUUCACAGAGCAAUGCCUCAAGACGAAAGACUAGCCCGAUAUCAGCAAUUUAAGGAUUUCCAAAGACGUAUCCUGGUCGCCACAAACCUGUUUGGCCGAGGUAUGGACAUCGAAAGAGUCAACAUUGCCUUCAACUACGACAUGCCUGAAGAUUCGGACACUUACCUACACAGGGUUGCGAGGGCAGGCAGGUUUGGAACAAAAGGUCUAGCCAUCACUUUUGUGUCAGAAGAGAGUGAGGCCCGCACAUUGAAUGAUGUUCAGGACAGGUUUGAAGUGAACAUCAGCGAACUUCCAGAGGAGAUUGACAUCUCAUCAUAUAUUGAACAAACACGAUAGAGGAAGAAGAAAACAAAGCCAGUUUCUUUGGAGAAUGCAUGGCAUUGUCGCAUUUGAUAGCAGCUGAGACUUUGUAUUCCACAUAGACUGUUAAGGUGUUAGUGAGUACAUAUAAUAAACAACUUCUAAUGCAGUAUUAUUCUAUAUUGUGGUGGGUUUCCUAAUGCCUCCUCAGUAGUUCAGUUGUUUUGAUUUUGCUCUUGAUGCAAGUAAAAGUUUUUUGCAUUCUUUUAAAUGUUAAUAUUUUUCCUCCCAGUACUUCUCAUUUCCUGUUUUGUUUUUAAGAUUUAAUUAUUUAUUUUAAAUGAAGAGGCAUAUUUUUUGUUCUGUUUAGUGAGGGAUAGAGUUCUCAAUGGAUUGUAGGGGACCAUACAUUUGAUUGCAUUAAUGUAAAACUGUUUAAAAGUUAUUGAUUACAGUAGCAGUAUAUCCUGAAUGCUUGUAACCUGUGAAGGUGUCCACACAAAAUGUGUUCAGUGUUCAUUCAAUUGCCAGAAUCAUGGCUACUUUGUUUAAACUAUUCAGUGCUUGUUAAACCAGAUAAACUGUUUAAUUAACAGAUGUUUUGUUAUCAAUGCUUCAGACACUUAGUUCUUUUUAGGUUCUUUUUAGGAUGAUGAUUCACUUCUGUUGUUAAAUAUCUCAUAUACAAUAUUCGGACUUUUUUUACAAGCAAAGGAAAUCAAAUCAAGUAAAGAUACAAAAUGAAUGAAUAAUCUGAAACAUGAAACACACAUCCUUUAGCUUAUUGGUUUUAAAAGAACAGGAUGAGAACAAGUCAACAGCAGAGAGCUAUGAGACAGGAAGUCAACAGGACAUAAGGAGUGUAAAAGGAAAUCUGGAGUGACAGACACGUUAAAGGUGUCACAGUAGUGCCUGGAUCAGUGCUGAUGUUGGGGUUUUAGACAAAUGAUCAGUGGAAGGGAGUCAUCUGAUAAGAUUUCAGCUUUAACAUCAAACAGAGGACACACUUACAAACCUCAGAUCACUGACUCAAUAAUUAAAGGAUUUGUUUUAAAUAGGAUGUUCCUGUGUACAGAUCAGAGGCGGAGCUAAGGGGUGGCAUGGGUUGGCCGUGGCCACCAUAGACCGAAGCCUGGCCACCCCACUCGCAAUUGCCGUUUUGGUUAUUUUUUGUCUUAGGCACAAGACAAAACCGUCCAACGAUAUGAACAACGUUCACCCCUGUGAAAAACUGGCUCUGCCACUACAGAUGAGUUCUAAUAAGACAAAAAUAAACAGACACAAAAUAGGCAGCAUAUAUAGUGAAAUAUCAAAAUAGUCAGUUUUAUUCCCAAUGUAUUAAAGAUAUAAACAUGUCAGGCAGUGGUUGAACUCUUCAUACUGCAUAUGCAUUCAAAUCAGAUCAUUUCUCACCUAAACAUUUAGAUACAGUACAUUUAAUUAAAAUGUCCCCUCUCUGGUCUACUGAAAUAAAUUCAAUGAUUUCAUCCGUAAGAACACAUAAAGCAAUUUCUCUGACCACUGGUUUUGCAACAAACCUACAAACAUCUUAAAACAUGAUGAGAGCACUCCCAGGCCAGGAAGAACAACAGAAACAAGUUCAAGUACUUCAACAAAAUGGCACAGAAGAGUUUUUUUUUUUUUUUUUUUUAAGCAGAGUUUUGGAGUCAGAUACACAAGUCUUUAAUAUUUUCUGGCACAAGCUUAAACAUCAUCAAUUUAAAGGGAUAGUUCACCCAAAAAUUUAAAUUGUCUCAUCA